AUGUCGGAGAGUCAUUCAGUAAUGUUCAAUAUUCUUAAAAGAAAUAGGUUAAUGUCUCCAAACAACAAUGCUAAAUACUCCAGUUUUAAAGACUCGUGUACCAGUUCAGUAUUUCUGGAGAGCAGAUCCAAUGAAUUAUUAAAAGAUCCUAAUGUAGAACAGAAAGAUGCAUGGAGCACAGCAAGUCUGUCAUUGCUACAUGAGCAUUCUGAGCAUAAUCAUUCAAAUUUACUCUUUCCUGUGUCAUCAUCUAUUGAAAAGGAAAUUAGUUCCAUCUCCUUAUCAGAAAGAAGAGAAGCAAACAGAAGUACAGAUUUUUUUGAAACUCCUAAAGUGAGUAAAAAAGACUCGUCACUACGUAGGAGACUGCUUUUAUCUAAGACUGCUCCAGCUGGCACCACUAUAGGAUGCUGUGAAAGACAAGACAGUUCUUCAGGAAGUAGCAGGAAAAAAGUAUUCUCUUGUGUUUUGAGCUUUGAAGAAACACUUUCACAAACUUCAGGCUCUCCAAGAGUUAAAAGUUACAAACCUCUUGCAACUAGCACGUCAAAAACUGAAGAGUCUAGUCCUGAUAGCCAAAAGAGGAGACUGUCCUUUUCACAGCAAAGGUCUUCUACGCUAGAUGAGUCCAAAUGUAAGGAUGCAGUAUUACCGGAACCAGAAUGUUUAUCUCCAAUUCGGAGCAAGGACAAUGUUGGUAAUACUAACGAAUGCAGUGAAGGUGUCCUUAUGAGUGUUAGUGGUGGGUUGCUUCGGACUCCUACUCAUAGUAUGUUACCUGAGGCUAACGAGAAUAAAUCCCUGAAGUCUAUCAGCAGUCUUGUGGAGAAGUUUAACUUUGAACUAUGUAGUAUAAACACUCCCCCUGUUAAGCUGGCAAGUUACCCAGAUCUAUCCACCCCUGAGGAUAGUGGAUAUAAUUCACUUCAUCUGGAUAAAUCGGGAGACUCAUUGUCUGAUCAUGAGGGAUCUUUCCAAGAGUUCAUCCAAAAACACAAAGAAGCUUCCAAAAAUCUGGAUAGUAAAAGAAAGACAAGAAAACUUGAACGGGUUAGAAGAUUAUCAACUCUUCGGGAACAGGGCUCACAGUCAGAAACAGAAGAUGAUCAUCAUGCUAACCCUUCUAAUUCAGUGUAUAUCUUAACAGAAGAAAGAAACUUUGUCAGUGCAGACCAUGCAUUGGUUUCAAAAGAUGAGACUAAUAGAGACUUUGUUCUAAAUCAUGGAGAUCUCUCAAGAACUCCUGCUCUGCAAAUAGUCCAUGAAAUUUGCUUGCAAAGCCAAAGACUAGACCAAAAUCAAAUCUCAGAGACAGUUGAUGGGAAAGAAAUAUUUGUAUUAGAUGUUCUUGCUGGACUUAUAGGCAAGAAAAUGGGCCUUGAAAAAUUAGAUAUCUUAACAGAAUUAAAAUACCGAAACUUAAAACAUGUUCUUGCUAUAGUGUUAGAUGCUUUGACAGUGGAAAGUCUAUGCAGCAUUUGGAAAGUAAGCAAAAACUGGCGUGAAAUUGUCGUACAAGAUAAAAGUGCAGAUAGGAGGAGAAAGUCCUAUAUGAAAUACCUCAAAGAAGAAGCUGGGGGGUAUUUCUUGAAAGCUGAAGAUGCUGCUACAAGAUUUAAUCUUCUCAGCAGAUCUGCUCUAAGGCCUGUUCAAGCUCAAGCCAAAACUCCUGUAAUACAAACCCCACCUUCUUGCACUGAACUUCUAACACCCAUGAGAUGCAACUCGGCUCCCCGGUCAAUUAGCAGGCAGGAAGAAUACAUAAAAGUUGCCAAAACCCUGUUCACUGAUGAGGCUUUAAAACCCUGUCCAAGAUGUCAAUAUCCUGCAAAAUAUCAACUGGUAAAGAAACGGGGACUAUGUAGCCGAGAGGCCUGUGCAUUUGACUUCUGUAUUUUAUGUCUGCAUGCUUUCCAUGGGUCAAAAGAUUGUAGUAGUUUAUCUGCAAAACGGCAGAACAAAAAAGAUGCUCCUCCAGGAAGUGCCCAAAGCAAGAGAAACUUAAAAAGACUUUAA